CGAGACGGCAGGCCUGCGGCCUAGGUGUCCUGUGUUUCCCUUAUACACUCCUUACGACUUGCUCACGAACCGCUCGUUAUCUUUGUCUCUCUGGCAUUGAACUAUCGGGCUUAACUUGCUUUGUGCUGUUGUAACACCUACUAGAUUCACCUCGAUGAGCGACGCUUCGCAUAAGACCAGCAUCGCCUACGAUGCCUCACUGGUCCUAUGGCAGGCUAUCGUCAACAUCUUCUUCCGGGAGAUUCGUCCGCGCGGGGCAUACAACAUCCCGCGGAUUGGGCCCGUCAUCUUCGUCGGGGCGCCUCAUUCAAAUCAGUUCUUGGAUCCACUGCUCCUGAUGCUCGAAGUGCACCGGGAGACCCGGCGACAUGUUCAAUUUCUUAUAGCAGCAAAGAGUAUGCAGCGGAGGGCGAUUGGGUUCUUUGCGGGCUUGGUGUCGAGCAUUCCUGUUCGACGAGCCGUGGACGAAGCCAAGCCAGGGAAGGGGACAAUUCAGCUCUCUCCCGAUGACGCAUGCCUUGUCCUCGGCCAGGACACUGAGUUCGCCAAGCAGCUUGCUCCGAAGAUGCAGAUUUUGCUGCCGAGGACAGUCGGAUCGAGCGUUGCGGAGGUCGUGGAGGUGAUCUCGGACACAAAAGUGCGGAUCAAGCGUGAAUUUGGUGGAGACAGCGGGAAGGGAACCGCCCGUAUCCGCGAAAAGCAGUCAGAACUGCUCCAGUCCGGAGAGAAGGGCUUCACGUACAAGACGUUGCCGUUCAUUAACCAGAAAGAUAUGUACCAACAUGUUUACCAGACGUGUAAAGAAGGGGGCUCGAUUGGCAUCUUUCCCGAAGGUGGAAGCCACGACCGAACCGAUUUACUCCCGUUAAAAGCUGGUGUCUCGGUCAUGGCCCUCGGAGCUAUGGCAGACGAUCCGAAUGUCAAGGUUAAGAUCGUUCCGGUCGGAUUAUCCUACUUCCAUCCGCACAAGUUCCGGUCCCGUGCGGUGGUCGAGUUCGGGACAGCGAUGGACGUACCGUCAGAGCUCGUUGAGCUUUUCAAACAGGGCGGCGCCCAAAAGCGCGACGCUGUCGCUAAACUCAUGGAUCUCGUGUACGAUGGCUUGAAGACGGUCACCAUCAGAGCGCCCGACUAUGACACACUAAUGGUCAUCCAAGCUGCCAGGCGCCUAUACCGGACGCCCGGGCAGCAUCUGACGUUAGGUCAAGUCGUGGAGCUUAACAAGAGGUUCUUGGAGGGCUACAACCACUUCAAAGACGAGCCGAGAAUACAGCAGCUGCGUACGGAUGUACUGAAGUACAACCGCCUCGUUCGAGAUUUGGGCUUGCGAGACCAUCAGGUGCCAUUAGCUCAGAGGGCUACAUGGAAAACGCUUGGAUUGCUGUUGUACCGCAUUGGCCUUCUGCUAGUUUGGAGCGUGUUCGCAUUACCGGGAGUCAUCCUCAAUGGACCAAUCUUCAUAACAGCGAAGAUCAUGUCAGCGAAAAAGGCGAAAGAGGCUCUGGCCGCAUCUACUGUCAAGAUCGCUGGUCGUGACGUAGUCGCUACAUGGAAGAUCCUCAUUUCAUUAGGUCUCGCUCCCCUGCUCUACACCUUCUACUCCAUCCUGGCGGUGGUCAUCGCUGCGCGGUUCGGCGCCCCUCUCAAGUGGCGCAUCGCAGCACCGCUGUUAUUCAUCUUUGCAUCGCCGUUCAUUGGAUAUGCAGCACUGAAAUUUGGAGAAGCCGGUAUGGACGUGUUCAAAUCCCUUCGUCCCUUGAUCCUUGCCCUGCUCCCCGGUCAUCAGAAGCAACUGAACAAGCUAAAGGAGAUGAGAGCACAACUAUCGAAUGAGUUGGCGGAUGUCAUAAACACGUUUGGACCCAAACUGUACCCCGACUUCGACCAGGCGAGGAUCCUCAUUCCAUCUGCCAAACCCCCUCCGUCGACUCCCCGUGACUCCCGUGGGCAGAGCAUCGCCGCAGGCCAUGAUGGGAACGAUAGCAUAUUGGCGCAUCCUAUGACGUGGCUUGAUGAGAAGCUUUUCGGAUGGAGCACUAGUUCGAAGCGAGGCACGAGUGCCUGGGCAGGGGGUUCCAAGAGCCACGAUGCAAGCACGCUAGCGACGCCGGACGAUUCGGACGACGAAGAUGCCGGCGAUUAUGAUAACGUUCUCGGCUACCUGCCCAGUCAGGAUCUUCGCGUGCCUCCCUCCCAAAAGUCGCGGAGUCGCAAUGGAUCUUACGCCGACCUGCAAAAGCUGCGGCUCACGAAGCCCGAUGAGGAUAUGCCGUCGUCGUCGACUACUACCGCGACAGAAGCCCGAACGGCGGUAGGUGACGAGGGUGAAGGGUCGUCCCCCACGGAGAGGUUGCGGUACCGCGGAGCCCAUCGUGACCGAAGAGGCAGCCUCACAGACUUGAUCGCGGUCGAAAGAAUAGGGACCGUUGAUCGCGAGGAGUCGUUCAAGGAAGCUACAGAAGAACUGAAUGCCGAGAUUUCCAAAAACAGAGCGGCACACGACAGCAAGGCGUGAAUGACGGCGCUAUUGGAUCUCCCAAUGACGAUGUAUCGUUCGUUUUCCUUAUGCAGCGCGACUUCCUGUUGUGUCUGUAUAGCUCUUUGUACCAUUCCUUAACAUCGCUAAUCAGGAUCAGUUGAUCGUCGUUGUGCCGU